GUUCUGGCCGGAGCGGAGCUCUCUGGCUGCUCUGCUGCGGCAGUGACGAAGGCUGGAAGCCGCGCGGAGCGCCCGUAGGGGCGUCGAGAGGCGGAUUCCGCCUUCUCUGAGCGCUAGAGGGCGGGAGGAGGGGGCCGGGCCAGCGGCGCAGCCAGCCGCGAAGACAGCGGGCUGAGCGAUGGAGGCCGACGGGCAGUCGUGGGCCGGCGAGUCCGUGUCGGGCCCCGGCCCGGGAGGCGGCGGAAUGAUCCGAGAGCUGUGCCGGGGCUUCGGCCGCUACCGCCGCUACCUGGGACGGCUGCGGCAGAACCUGCGCGAGACCCAGAAGUUCUUCCGCGACAUCAAGUGCUCCCACAGCCACAGUUGUCCCUCCUCCCCCGCGGGCGGCGGCGGGGCCGAGCUUGGCCCUGCCGGCGACGUCGCCGAAGCCCCGCUGUCCCCGGAGCCGUCUAAGAGCAAGAUGCAGGCAGGUUGUGUCAUCUCUAAACACUCCAGUAUGCAGUUCACCCCAUGGAGGACACACGUCCACCCGUCAGGCCAGCCGAGCUGCAUUUCCUUCCCACCUACGGAGGAGAAGUAUCUCCAGCAGAUGGUGGAUCGCCUUCCCUGUAUACUGAUCCUCGGCCAGGACUGUAAUGCCAAGUGCCAGCUGUUGAACCUGCUGUUGGGGGUGCAGGUGCUUCCCACCCUCAAGCUGCAUAGCGACGAGAGCUGUAAGCUGCGGCGCCUCCGCUUCACCUAUGGGACUCGGACGCGGGUCAGCCUGGCUCUCCCCGGUCAGUAUGAGCUAGUGCACACGCUAGCUUCACAUCAGGACAACUGGGAGACCAUCCCUGAGGAGGACCUGGAGGUUCAAGAAGACAGUGAGGAUGCUGCUCAUGUGUUAGCUGACCUCGAGGUGACAAUGCAUCAUGCUCUCCUACAGGAAGUGGACAUUGUGGUGGCACCGUGCCACAGCCACCGGCCCUCAGUAGAUGUUCUGAGUGACUUGGCAAAUGAUUUCUUGCCUGUGAUAACCUAUGCACUUCACAAAGAUGAACUCUCUGAAAGGGAUGAGCAAGAGCUUCAGGAAAUUAGAAAGUAUUUCUCCUUUCCCGUGUUCUUUUUCAAAGUACCAAAUCUGGAGAUAAUCAACUCUUCCAGUGGGAGAGCAGAGAGUGAAAGAUCACCACUGUAUGGACAGCUAGUGGACCUGGGCUAUCUGAGCAGCAGUCACCGGAACUGUGUAGCCUCUGACCAGGACUGUAAAGCUCAGAGCAUGUUGGUGGAGCAGAGUGAGAAGCUGAGACAAUUGAGUCCGUUUUCUCACCAGCUGCUACAGAACCGCCUAGUGGAUGCAGCCAAGGCCCUGAAUGAGGUGCACAGCCACUGCCUCGACAUCUUUAUUAACCAGGCUUUUGACAUGCAGCGGGACCUACAAAUCACUCCCAAACGCCUAGAAUAUACUAGAAAAAAGGAGAAUGAAUUAUAUGAAUCAUUGAUGAAUAUUGCCAACAGAAAGCAAGAGGAAAUGAAGGAUAUGAUUGUUGAGACACUUAACACCAUGAAAGAGGAGCUUCUGGAUGACGCUGCCAACAUGGAGUUUAAAGAUGUCAUUGUCCCUGAGAAUGGAGAAACAAUCGGGACCAGAGAGAUCAAAUCCUGCAUCCGGCAGAUCCAGGAGCUCAUCAUCUCCAGGCUUAAUCAGGCGGUGGCCAACAAGCUGAUCAGCUCAGUGGAUUACCUUCGGGAAAGCUUUGUUGGGACCCUGGAGCGGUGUCUGCAGAGCCUUGAAAAAUCACAGGAUGUCUCAGUUCAUAUUACGAGCAAUUAUCUCAAACAGAUCUUAAAUGCCGCUUACCAUGUUGAAGUCACUUUUCACUCAGGGUCCUCAGUUACACGGAUGCUUUGGGAACAAAUCAAGCAGAUCAUCCAGCGUAUCACAUGGGUGAGCCCACCCACCAUCACCCUAGAGUGGAAGAGGAAGGUGGCCCAGGAAGCCAUCGACAGCCUCAGUGCCUCCAAGCUGGCAAAGAGCAUUUGCAGCCAGUUCCGUACUCGGCUCAAUAGUUCUCAUGAGGCCUUUGCAGCCUCCUUGAGGCAGCUGGAAGCUGGCCAUUCUGGCCGUCUGGAGAAAACUGAAGACCUGUGGCUAAAGGUUCGAAAAGACCACGCCCCACGACUGGCCCGCCUUUCCCUAGAGAGCCGGUCUCUACAGGAUGUCUUGCUUCACCGUAAACCUAAAUUAGGACAGGAACUAGGCCGGGGCCAAUAUGGUGUGGUGUACCUGUGUGACAACUGGGGGGGACACUUCCCUUGUGCCCUCAAGUCAGUUGUUCCUCCAGAUGAGAAGCAUUGGAAUGAUCUGGCAUUGGAGUUUCACUACAUGAGGUCUUUGCCAAAGCACGAGCGGCUGGUAGAUCUCCAUGGUUCAGUCAUUGACUACAACUACGGUGGCGGCUCCAGCGUGGCUGUACUGCUUAUUAUGGAACGGCUGCACCGGGACCUCUACACAGGGCUGAAGGCUGGGCUGACCCUGGAGACACGUUUGCAGAUAGCUCUGGAUGUGGUGGAGGGGAUCCGCUUUCUGCACAGCCAGGGGCUUGUUCAUCGGGAUAUCAAAUUGAAAAAUGUGCUGCUGGACAAACAAAACCGUGCCAAGAUCACCGACUUAGGAUUCUGCAAACCAGAAGCGAUGAUGUCAGGCAGCAUUGUGGGGACACCAAUCCAUAUGGCCCCUGAACUUUUCACAGGCAAGUAUGAUAAUUCUGUGGACGUCUAUGCUUUUGGGAUCCUUUUCUGGUAUAUCUGCUCCGGCUCUAUCAAGCUCCCUGAGGCAUUUGAGAGGUGUGCUAGCAAAGACCAUCUCUGGAAUAAUGUGCGCAGAGGGACCCGUCCAGAGCGUCUUCCUGUGUUUGAUGAGGAGUGCUGGCAGUUGAUGGAGGCGUGUUGGGAUGGCGACCCCUCGAAGAGGCCUCUCUUGGGCAUUGUCCAGCCUAUGCUCCGAAGCAUUAUGGACCGCCUCUGCAAGUGCAGUUCUGAACCACCAAACAGAGGACUAGAUGAUUCUACUUGAAGACAAAACCCUUUCUCUUGCACUCUGUUCCUUCCUUCCCUCUCACCUUUUGGCCAUAGGGAGAAUUUGUCAUUUGUUCAUUAAGGGAGCUCCCAAGGGAACUGGUGCUUGUUGGCAACUCGAGGCUUUCCUGGGUAGUGAUGGCUCCUGGGCAGUGAAGAAGUCAGUGUCUGUUUUAGUAUUCACACUGCCUUAUUCUGCCUCUUUGGCAAAAGACUGUCUCAGAUGGGUAAAAGCUGAAGAAUGUAAUGUUCUGGCCUCAGAACUGAAAAGGAGGCAACUGUUACCACUGUCUGCUUACUGUGUGUCUCUAAACGAGAGGCCUGCAGUGUGGGGCGUCAGUCCCACGGCAGAGACCACUUAGAAACAUGACCGUAGUUCCAGAUUCUAUGGUCAUAAAGGCAAAAACCAAACCAACCUAGCCAGGUAGACAUGUGGUUGUCUGGUUCUUGUUCUUUAUAGCCAGGAUCUCAGGUUGUUACAGUCAAAGACCCAGGAGGCAGCUGGACAUGAAGCUGUCUGUCCUCACAACCCAGUGUGUUUACAUUUCCAGGGCCAGGGAGCCCUGGUUUCUGGGGGGGCAGAGCUAACUCAGAACAGAAUCUGUUUGAUUCUUUUGUCUUUCCCCACCCUCUACCCUUCUUUUUCCUCAAAAAGGAGGGAAUAAACCAGAUAACAUGGUACUUGGACUUGAGCAUCUAAUCAGAAAUAGACUAUAAUUUUGUUGUUUUUAAUGGGAUGUAGCCCAGGCUAGCCUUAAGUCUAUCCUUAUGCCUCAGCCUCCACAGUGCUGGGAUUAUAGGCAUGUGCUACCAUGCAUAACUCCUAACUGUAUAACUCACUCCUUUCUUCUUCCGUGCUAGGGGUCAGGCCCACUGCUCAGAUAUUGCUGGUCAGGACUCUCCCAUGAGCUAUGCCCAGCUUCAUAGAGCUUUUAGAGUUCACUUGAACACCUGGCGCCAUGAACUCUGAUAACUGUGCAGUUGAGCAUGGUGGUCUAAACACUCGCAGCUCCUCAGAAACGCUAUGGAAUACGUUCUCCAUGCAGACUGUAAUGGACAAGGGGCGGGCCAGUGUCUGGGUUCCUUAGCUCUGGCUCAUUUUGGCAGAAUUAGUCUAGCUUUUAGAAUUUUAACACCUACUCAACUCUACUUAGUUACUCUACUCUGAGGGUUAACAUGUUGCCCUCUGGAGACAGGAGGAUAUACAGAAGCCAAGGAGUCAAGAAAGAAGAAAUGAGUCGUCUCUGCUAAUUAGGUUUGUGGUUUGUGAAUCCAAGGCCUUGUGUAGUUAGGAGACUGCUGACCCUUGUUCUUGAGUCCAGCUGUAAUGAAAAGGCUCCAGAAUGAGACUGUAUUCCUGACAGUCUCCGGACUACUUCCCUAUACUCAGACUCACAAGUGGGAGGUUAGAUUUCUGUCUCCUCAUCCAGAAUCUCUUUUCUGUCUCCUGUCAGAUUAUAAGUUACUUCUUUUAAUUUUAAAAAGCCAAUUCCCAUCAUCUUCUGCCCAGUGGGAGGGACAGAGAGGCUAAUACCAUAAGGAAAGGAGUAGUUGUAUAGUUCACUAAAGAGUAUCCGAGAAAGAUCUGAGAUAUUCCUGAGUGUCUGGCAAGCCAAAGGCCAUGUUGGGGGUAUCUGGUGUUGGCAUUUCAAUGCUCAGCGGGCUGAGUAUGUGUAAUUUGCGUGUAUUUUACUUUAUAACAUUGUAAGCUAUUUUUUGGAUUCUAUGGUUUUUGGCAUCUAUUAUUAUUUCAGCGAUAAAAUGCCAUGAAAUGUACUGUAUUGUAUAUCACUUGGGAGGCCACUAGGUGGUCAGAGAAGUGUCGCAGCACUUGGGUAGUACAGGGCUUGACAGGGCCAAAUCUUUGAAGAUUUACCUCUGGGGAGGGAGGGCGAAGGUAGCAUGGAGUUACCUUCGAGUGUCAUCCUUCGAAACCGUUCCACAAGGGCAGUUUACUCCAGCCCAGCGCCGACCCCCAGCUGCUUCUUGGGAGCUGAAAGUCUGGCUACUCAUUUUGCCUUGGAAUGGAGUGACAGGCCUUUCUGUAGAGCAAUCACAAGAAAUGCCGGCAGAGUCUGGACCCUGCAAGGCUCAUCUGCACCCAAGAGCUGCAUCCGCAGCACACAUGACUGGCUUCUUGACUGAGCAGUCCUUCACUGUUCUCAGGAAGAGGACUGUCCUGGUUGUUGCCAGACCAAAGAGAGUCACUUCUGACUCUAUCAAGUUUAAGGGACAGGGCUAGGCAGCCACAGUUCUAACUGUUAACACUAAUGCUGAAGAAAACCAAGGAAAGGCUGCAUUACUGUUACAGCCAGAGCAGAAUGGUAAA